ACAAAUUUUCUUUUGUCACCAGGUUUUGGCAUUAAGAAAUCAAAAUCCUACAGAAGCUAUCGAAAAAAUMAUGCAAACACAUUUGCCUGAUGAAUAUGAAGAGCGUAAAAGAGUACAUAUUGAAGAAAUGGAGARACUUGCCAGUGUUGCAAGUAAUACUGAAGAAGAUAUUCCAAUAUUUGUGUGCACCUUGGCAUUCCCAACUAUGCCAUGUCCAUUACAUAUCUUUGAGCCACGUUACAGACUGAUGAUAAGGCAAUGCAUGGAGUCUGGGUCCAAGCAGUUUGGCAUGUGUACAUACGAUGAAGAAUCAGGAUUUGCUGAAUAUGGAACAAUGCUUGUGAUCCUGGAUGUGCAGUUCUUGCCAGAUGGAAGGUCAUUGGUUAAUACAAUAGGAGGAAGAAGAUUCAAGGUUCUUAGUAAAGGAACCAGGGAUGGAUAUAGUGUGGCCAAAGUAGAGUGGAUAACAGAUGAUAAAAUUCCUGAUGAGGAACAAGCUGAUCUACAAACUCUUCUAAGGGAAGUUUUUAAUGAAGCUACCAGUUGGUUCAACACAUUACCACUUUUAUUAAGGAGGAGAAUUGUAAAUUCUGUCAGUGAAAUGCCUCAGUGGCAGGAAGAUGGAGACAAAUUGCCUCAUGGCCCUGAAUGGCUAUGGUGGCUUGUUACAGUAUGUCCUUUAGAUCCCAAAGCGCAGCUUGCUAUGUUAGGACUUAAAUCAUUGAAACAGCGGUUAUUAAUAAUGAGAAGAGUUCUUGCUGCAAUUUCAUAGACACCACAAUGCAGUCCAAUGUUGGUUCUGGCAUGUUUUAGUAUCUUGAUAUUUUGUACAUUUUAUCCUGUGUUCAUAUUGCCUAACACUCAUUUGACUCAACCUCAAAAGCAGUGAGAACCAGAGCUGCCCAAAUCCCAAAGGUUAAUAACUUAAAAUUUACCCUGUUCUCAUACAAUUUCGAAUGUACCCUUUUGAUUUUCAAACCAAAAGCAUAAUAUCCAAUUUAGUGAAUAUAGUCUAUUUUAUGAACAAAUACUGAAGGGGAAAAAGUUUAAAACGAUUGUCAAAGAUAAUUCAAAAAGUUAACUUUAUAAAAUGGAAAUGUACAUAAGAAUGAUUUGUACUAAAGUUUCUUGGAUUUCUAGUCCUAACCUUGUCAUGCAAGCAAAACAGUACAAUUUUGUAUGAUAAGUCUAACCUAUGAUACUAUGAAUACUAUUUACCAUGAGAAGGCUUUCACAAGGGUUUGCUAUUAAAUCCAGAGAUUAUUAUAUUAUUAAAGGCAAAGAAUAUUAUUUGCCUUUUUGCAGUUAAAACCUAAGCAGGCAACAUGUUUGCUGUAGCCCUCAAAUAAACAAGAGUGCCAAGUAAUAUUGAAAUUAUGAAAUUUCAUCAAAAAUCAUCAAAAAUUAUUUUUCUCACAUUGCGAAUCAAUAAAACAAGCUCAAAAACAAAACCUUUUUGGGUUGUUGCCCAAUUCUGCCUCGAUUUGGUGCAAAACCACAGGUAAUCAUCGUGCAACUUGUUUCUUAACUGCAAAAGGGGUUAUUAUGUCUACGGUGGUAGGCUUUCCCAGCAAAGUGAAAGCUUAAAGCAAGAUAUCUAUAUAACUGGCAAACCAGUCRCGGUGUUAAGUUCUAAAAUUUAAUAUAUAAAGCAGUGCAAAUAUUGGGGUCAUUCAAAUGUUGAUAAGUUUUAUUUUCCUUGAAGGGCUUUUAAAUGAUAAGACUUAAAAUGGUCAUGGUUUUUAUGUAACUUAAAUAAAUUGUUACAGCUAUUUAUGUAAAUAAAAUAUUUCUUGUAUAAAA